GCCGCGGGGGCAUGGCGGCAUUGAGCUCGGAGUGGGCGGAGCUGAGCACGAUGGCGGUGCGCCUGAGGCGCCUGUCGGAGACGUUGCUCCAGGAGGACUUCAGCGCGGUGACGGAGCAGGCGUUUGGCAGCGGCCUCCGGCACAUCUUGUGCGCGUUCGACCAGGACGUCGAGAUCCUCGGGCCGCCCGGGGAGCGCAUGACGCCGAUCUCGCUGUGGGCCCGCACGCGCCCCUGGGCGCGCCAGAUCAAG